GACCCGUAAACCCCUGACUGGCUGACUUAUUCCGAACGUUUGCUCCGAAUGGGAUCCGGCGCUUACCCACACCCGUGUAUAUAACGGCCACAGGGUGAACCCACAGGUAUCGGUCUCCUUUAAGCACGAAAAACAGUGAUGCCAAAAUGGAGGGAAAUCGACGGAUCACAAAGGAACGCGGGGAUUUACUUGGAAAAAUCAGAGGUCCUAAAAUACUUCACCACUUCAUUGGUGAGAAAUCUAAGCGAGGGACCAUCUCUCACGGUUUUCAUUGACAAAUUCAGAAACUACUGCACCGAUCCCGAUGCUAACUGCUACUGCAGCUCUGAUUUGCCAAAGGGGCAAGAAAUUCUUUCGCUUAAAAGUGAAUGCCAUGUGCGUAGAAUAUAUGUCUUGCUACGAGUCCUACUCAUUGUUCAGCAACUCCUGCAAGAGAACAAACAUGGGUCUAAGAGAGAUAUAUAUUACAUGCACCCUUCUGUAUUUUCGGAUCAAUCAGUCGUAGACCAGGCAAUCAAUGACAUAUGCAUCCUUCUGCAGUGCAGUCGUCACAACCUAAAUGUGGUUUCUGUUGGAAAUGGGCUGGUGAUGGGCUGGCUACGAUUUCUGGAAGCUGGAAGGAAAUUCGAUUGCAUGAACUGUCCCAGCAAUGUGCAUCUUAUUCCUGUGCAUGUUGAUGAAGUCAAAGAUAUUGUUAGUGUUGCCAAAUACAUACUUGUUGUGGAAAAGGAAUCAGGUUAUUUUGAAUUCUUGGAAGCAGUGUUUCAGCGUUUAGCUAAUGACCGGUUCUGCAAUGCAAACCGCUGUAUUGUGAUCACAGGAAGAGGCUAUCCAGAUAUUCCCACAAGAAGGUUCUUGCGUCUCCUUCUUGAGAAGUUGGCCUUACCUGUCUAUUGCUUGGUUGAUUGUGAUCCAUAUGGCUUUGACAUCCUGACUACGUACUGUUUUGGUUCUAUGCAAAUGGCCUAUGAUGCUAAAUUUCUGCGGGUCCCUGAGAUACGCUGGCUGGGAGCAUUUCCUUCUGAUUUUGAGAAAUACGGCCUUCCUCAACAGUGUCUUCUUCCUUUGACACCUGAAGAUAAGAGGAGAACUGAAACCAUGCUACUCAGAUGCUACCUGCAAAGGGAAGUACCGCAGUGGAGAUUGGAAUUAGAGUCAAUGCUGCUAAGAGGAGUGAAGUUUGAGAUUGAAGCACUGACUGCACACUCACUUUCCUUCUUGUCAGAGCAGUACAUACCAUCUAAGAUUCUAGACAGAAAGAGAAGAAAAUUUCCUACCUGUCUUCUCAACUUCUCAAGUCUCAUAUAUAUUUCACCAAAUAGCCGCCCAAUGUCUUGUGAGAUGUUCGCACCGAAAACUUCAAGCAUGUCAAGAUUUUCUGGCUUCAGCCCAGCAGGGAGUUUCCAAUCAAAAUAGUACAGCAACCGUGCAAGUGGAGACUCAACAUUAGCCAUGCCAAACAAUAUUCCUGGACAAAUCCUCCUUCCAGCACCAAAUGGGAUUAAUUCAAAGUUAUUACCCUUAUAAUCUAUUGAACUAUUGAGAAAUCUUUCUGGAUAAAAUCUUUCUGCUUCAAUCCAAUAAUCGGGGUCCCUUCCAAUUGCCCAUGCGUUCACUGUAACUUUGGACUUCACAGGAAUGUCGAAACCGUUAAUCACACAAUUCUCCCUACAUUCUCUUGGAAGUAGCAAUGCAAUAGGAGGGUGUAGUCUUAGAGUUUCUUUGAUUACCAUCUUUAAGUAGUGCAGUUCAUGAAGUCUUUCUUCAUCAAUGUUUCCUUCUACACCAAAGACCAUCCUCACCUCAGCUUGUGCCUUUUCCAUCACUCUUGGAUUUUUUAGCAUCUCAGACAUUGCCCAUUCUACAGUUGUAGACGAUGUCUCGCUACCAGCAAUGAAGGUGUCCUGAAAUAAUUUGAGCAGGGAAUUCAAGGUCUGCACCAUCCUGACAAUUCAGGAGGACAUCUACGAAAUCUUGUUCUUCACUAUCAGUACCAGAUUUUGCUGCUGCCUUUCUAGCUUUAUGCUCAUGGAUGAUGUUGUCAAAUAUCUCAUCUAUUAUUUGACGAAGCCUCUCUAAUUUAGGCCUCGUCGUACUGAUCAUAUGAAGCAAUUUGAUGGACGGGUAGACAUCAGCAAGAGUGAAACCGCCAGCCAAUUGUAUGAGUUUUUUGACUGCUGAUUUGAAGGUUUCUUCUCCCUUCCAUAUCUUACCAAAGGCUGCUCUAGAAGUGAUGCUGUAGGUUAAAGAAC